CUCACGUGAUCGCUCUGGACAGAUGCCUCGAUUCCCUAUUCGAAGGCUUUAUUCGUUACGGAAAACACCAGAUUUUUUAAUUUCUACUAUUUCUGCUGCCUUUUGCUCUGCAAGCAGCAAUGUGGGCACACACGAUCAUAUCGCAAACGAAUGGUGGUCGGACGAGGGCGCAUUCGUUCCUCUCCACACGAUGAACAGACUGAGAGUUCCAUUCAUUGUGCGGUCGCUGCAGGAGAUUGGUCGCUCAGGGCAACACAAACCAUCCCGACCUCUGCUUGGGUAUUCCGUUCUAGAAGUGGGCUGUGGAGGAGGUAUUUUGAGUGAACCACUUGCCAGGCUUGGUGCACAAGUGACUGGAAUCGAUAUUGGAGAGUCAAGCAUAGCAGUCGCAAACUUGCAUGCUGAACUAGACGAAGACAUCAAACACAAUGUAAAAUAUGAGUGCACAACCGUUGAGGAACUGCUGAGCAGAGACAGCCUAUUUGACUGUGUCGUUGCAUCAGAGGUCAUCGAACAUGUUCCAGUGGAGAACCAACAGUCGUUCAUAAUCAACUGUUGCAAACUAUCAAAGCAUUCAGUUGUAGUCACCACAGUCAAUCGGACUACUGCAGCAUACUGGACAGCAAUUUUUGCGGCUGAGAAUAUAUUUGGCAUUGUUCCUCGGGGAACUCACGAGUAUUCAAUGCUCGUUUCACCGAAUGAUCUGCAAGAUAUGCUACGACAAGGUGGAGCAUCAACGCGUCGUUUACAUGGCAUGUGCCUGAAUCCAGUGACAAUGGAAUGGGCAUGGACAGGUUUCACAACAAUAAACUAUGCAAUCCAAGCAGUGAAAUUUCCAGCAGACAACAGUCACUCGUAGUUUAUCUCUACUGCAGCUCUAUGUUCCAGUACAAGUAGCAAGAUAAUGAGUAAUAAUGCAGAGGUAGAUGUCACGAUGACUUCGCAGCUUCUUUACGUCGAACAUUCCAGUUGUAUAUCCGUGCCAUAUCUAGUCAGCUGGUAAAGGAUCAACAAUGAUAAACAUGAUUACAAUAGUUUAUUAUCACAAGACAGAAAGUAUACUCAACA